AACACAUUCCUACGAUCGCGAACCAUGGCAACACUCGGCGCAUACCAGAAGAAGCACAAGGUCGCCAUUGUCGGCUCUGGCAACUGGUAUGUAGACAGUGCCCUCCUUGAUGAGAAUGCUGUGAGAGAGACUGACGCUUUCCAGNNGGGCACUACCAUCGCCAAGGUUGUCGCAGAGAAUACCCAAGCCAACAGUGACCUGUUCGAGCAAGAUGUUCAGAUGUGGGUCUACGAAGAGGAGGUGCCCAUUCCAAAAGAGUCGAAACACUACGAGGGCGACGAUAAGCCGCAGAAGUUGACCCACAUCAUCAACAAUGUCCACGAGAACGUCAAGUACCUGCCCAAGGUCGCCCUCCCAAAGAACAUCAUCGCCAAUGCCUCGCUCGAAGACACAGUCAAGGAUGCCAGCAUCCUCAUUUUCAACCUGCCCCAUCAGUUCAUCGAAAAGACAUGCAACACGCUGCAGGGAAAGAUUCUGCCUUAUGCUCGUGGUAUCUCUUGCAUCAAGGGUGUCGAAGUGUCGGACAAGGGCAUUGAACUGUUCUCCGAAUGGAUUGGCCGCAAGCUGAACAUCUACUGCGGCGCCUUGUCAGGAGCCAACAUUGCUACUGAGGUGGCUCUCGAGAAGUUUUCCGAAACAACUGUCGCAUACGACCCUCCUACUAUGGACAGCCAGCAGCCAACCCCCAAGGGCUCACCUCGUUCUUCCGAGAUCGACCUUUCUCAGCUGAGCGGUAAGCAAGACCAACAUCAGAAGAUCAAGCUUUUCCCCCUGCCUACCGAGUACCCUCCUCUCAGCCACGACAACGUCAAGAAAAUCUUCCAUCGCCCCUACUUCCACGUCCGCAUGGUCUCGGAUGUUGCCGAUUUGAUUACCAGCUGCAGCGGUGGUCGCAACUUCCGUUGUGCAAAGAUGAGCAUCGAGCGCGGAAUGACUAUCAGUGAAGUUGAGGAGCAGGAACUCAAUGGCCAAAAGCUGCAGGGAACUAGCACUGCUGCCGAUGUCAACAACUUCUUGAAAAAGCAGGGUCUCGAAGACGAGUUCCCUCUAUUCACUGCCAUCUACAAUAUCCUCGAAGGCAAGGACAAGGCCGAGAACAUUCCCGAGCGCAUUGAAUCGAAAAAGUACCCAUGA